AUGGACAUCGAGCCUGAGCCCCCUGCACCUGACGACUCGCCAGACUGGCGUUACCCCUUGCUGCAAUGCCUCGUCGAUGGCACUCUGCCUUCAGACCAGGCUAAGGCAAGGCGUGUGGCUCGUCGCGCCAAGACCUUUGUCCUCCUCGACGGAGAAAUGUAUAGGCGCAGCCCCUCGGGCAUCCUUAUGCAUUGCAUCCCACGUCGGGAGGGAAUCAAGCUCCUGCAGGACAUACACUCGGGGGCUUGUGGCCACCACGCCGCGCCUCGGACGCUGGUAGGGAAUGCCUUCCGGCAAGGCUUCUACUGGCCCACCACCGUGGCCGACGCCACGGAGAUCGUACGAACCUGUGAGGGAUGCCAGUUUUACGCCCAGCACAUUCAUCUCCCUGCUUAG